AAGCAGCAGAAGCGUGACGUAAGAUUGACGAAAACAUUUUGCGACGCACGUGUGCGCGCGCUGGGAACAUGGCUGCGGAUAAGUUACAGUUUCAUGAGAUGGGUUUAGACGACCGUCUGUUAAAGGCUGUUGCUGACUUGGGUUGGUCACAGCCCACUCUGAUCCAGGAGAAGGCCAUCCCUUUGGGCCUGGAGGGCAAAGACCUGCUGGCUCAAGCUCGAACUGGAUCUGGAAAAACUGCAUCGUAUGCGAUCCCUGUUGUGCAGCGCAUACUCACCUCUAAACAGAGUGUUCGUGAGCAGGAUGUCCGAGCGUUGAUCCUUGUUCCAACCAAGGAGCUGGGACAACAGGUUCAGACUAUGAUGCGCCAACUAACUGCCUACUGCUGGAGGGACGUCAAAGUGGCUGAUAUAUCUGGCAAGGCCGACUUAUCGACACAGAGACCUCUGUUAAUGGAGAAACCUGAUGUGGUUGUGGGUACACCAUCCCGUGUGCUGGCCCACCUCAACGCCCAAAACUUGGUCUUGCGUUCAUCCCUUGAGACAUUGGUCAUCGAUGAAGCUGAUCUGCUUUUCUCCUUUGGUUUUGAGGCAGACCUUAAAAAGUUGUUAUGUCACUUGCCAAAGAUCUACCAGUCAUUCCUGAUGUCGGCUACAUUCACUGAGGAUGUUCAGGCCUUAAAGGAGCUGCUGCUGCACAAUCCUGUUGUCCUGAAGCUUCAGGGCUCUCAGCUCCCUGACAGCAGUCAGUUGCACCAGUACAGCAUUAAAUGUGCUGAGGAGGACAAGUUCUUGCUCAUUUACACGCUGCUGAAGUUGCAGUUGAUUCGAGGCAAGACUCUGCUGUUUGUGGGCUCAUUGGAGCGAUGCUACAAGCUGAAACUCUUCUUGGAACAGUUUGGAAUUCCUGCCUGCGUGCUCAACUCGGAGCUGCCGGUCCAGUCCAGGUGUCACAUCAUUACCCAGUUCAACCAGGGCUUGUACGAUUACAUCAUCGCCACAGACGAACAGAGUUUGGCGGAUCCCACUGCUGUGCCCCAGACAAGUAAAACCAAAGGCAAAGCAGCAAAGGGGGGAAGACACAAAGAUAAGGAGUAUGGAGUCUCCAGGGGUGUUGACUUUCAGAAUGUUGCAAACGUCAUCAACUUUGAUUUUCCAACAAUUGUAGAAUCCUACAUUCAUCGAGUUGGAAGAACGGCAAGAGCAGAUAACCCUGGCACCGCGCUGUCUUUCAUCUCUCACACUGAGAUGGUUGUGCUGUCAGAGGUGGAGGAGGCCCUCAAAGGAGAUAAUGAAGAUUGUGUUUUAAAGCCUUAUGAAUUUAAGAUGGAAGCGAUUGAAGGAUUCAGGUACAGGUGUCGGGAUGCGAUGCAUACAGUCACGAAGCAGGCGAUAAAGGAGGCCAGACUGAAGGAGAUCAAACAGGAGCUCCUCAAUUCAGAGAAGCUUAAGACGUAUUUUGAAGAUAACCCCAGAGACCUGCAGCUACUGAGACACGACAAAGAACUGCAUCCUGCUGUGGUCAAACCCCACCUGAAGAACAUCCCAGAAUACCUCAUUCCUCAGACGCUGAAGGGGGUCUUAAAUCCACUGUCAUUCAAGAAGAGGAGGAAGAGGGAAAAGUCAAACUCUCAUGGUGUCACAAAGACCAGUUUUAAGAAGAAUGUUCAGGGGAAGAACCCACUGAAGAGUUUUCGCUACAGCAGAGGGAAAACCAGAAAGAAGUCGUAACUGUGUCGCCGCUCAGCCGUUUGUGUCUUGACGUUGGACCCAACUCACAUUUAAACGGCCUGGAUUUUGGAUUAAUACCAUCUGGGACCUUGACUGUUAAGAGGUUUUGGGCGUGUGAACAGUUACCACAGUGCAAACUUUCUAUCUCCAGCAGGAAUACAAAAAAAAACAAAAACAGAUUAUUCAAGGAAUUGGUUCUCUGUGUUACUUAUUGAUACAUCAGGUCUGUUUGCAAGUGACUAUUAAAACCAUUCUUUUAUCAACUUCUUUU